GGCUGAAAAAAAAACCAGCUACGAUGAUGAUUUUGACGAGCCUUGGCGCGAAAGCUGUGUCGAAUCCUUGACCAUCCCCCGUUAGAAGGGAUCAUGCAGCGUUGAUUUAGAUUUGGAAGAUAAUUUGCGGCGAAACCGUAAUACGGGUGUAACGCUCCUGAAUUGACGCAACGCCGCGAGAGUGGCGGGAGAUUUUUUAAUUUUUAUCACGCAACAAAAGUCCAUGUUCGAAGAAACAGGGGAAUAUCACAUCGCACCUUUCCUCGAAGUGAGGGUGAAUCGGAAACGGCGGGUGACAUGCGACCGGAUAAAAAGGACGAGAUUUUGCAAAACGGAGAAUAAAUGAAUCGUUAUACACGGCGUUGUAGACGGUGCCGAAGAAACACGAGGAGUAUCUCUGAGCGAAGAAGCUGCCCUCGGCUCGAUAACUUAUACUUCUUACCAGUGAGUCGAUUGGGAGACUCUGAAAUCGGUCCGAUAAACCUUGAUACAUGUGCAUAUAACGCUUCAGGUAUAUUAUAACGACUAGAAGGGCAGAGAUGCGUCAUUUCUGUCGUUUCUCAUUAUCCGACGGUUAAAUGUUUCAAGACUUACGUACAAAUCUGAUAUAUUCCGAAGACCAUUCGUUUCAAGUUCGAUCUUAUACGCGAUAGGGGAAAAAAAAACAAACAAACAAGCAAACCAAAAAAGAAACAAAAUUAAUAAUAUUAACAUUACGGUAAUAUAGUUGAGAUAAUAGUAUUGGUAAUAUAAAUAAUAAUAAUUGUAACAGCAACAACAAUAUCAGGCGUAAUCAUAGUAUUAAUAAUAAUAGUAAUAAUAAUAACAACAACAACAACAGCAACAACAACAAUAGAAACAAUAACCGCAGUAACAAUAGUAUUACUACGUUAUUCGUACGAUGACGACAAAAUACGACGCAAGAUAAUUAUUAUAUACGAUGUUUGAAUAUUUGUGAAAUUUUUAACGCCGUAUACAUAAUCGAGGUUAAGAGAGAAGGAAGAAAAAAAAAUUUGAAAAAAAUACCGAAUAAAUAGUAAAAAUUUAUGAAAUAUAACACAUGCAUGCGUGUAACAAUAAUAAAUAAGAAGUGUGAUUCGAUUUUUAAAUAAUUUUUUAUAUCUAUCGUAUAUACGUAACGGUUUCAAUAUUUAGUAAAUCAUAAUAAUACUACAAUAUUAAUAGCAACAUUAAUAAUAAUAAAUUGAAGUAAAAAAAAAAAUCUCGAUGACGGAUGUAACAAAACCGGCAUAACAUUGUACGAAGGGGAAGGAAAAACUAAACGUAGAAGAAAAAAGAACAGCUGUAGUAACUUCGGGAGUUGAGAAAAUAUAUGUAAGCAUUUGUCAAAGUGCGAUAUAUAACGUUGAAGGUAUAUAUAUAAAAAAAUACAAUAGAAAGCAUCUCCCCCCCACUCUUGUAUAACAUAUAUAUACAUAUAUAUAUAUAUAUUAUAUGGGGGAGUUCAAAUACGGGCCAGUAAUUUCAACCCUGGACUACUGUUCCAGUCUGUUCUCUGGGACGAAUCAAGCGUCGACGGGCGGUGGAGCAUCGAGCAGGCCGACGACUGUAUCGGCCAUGCAGGAGGAGCUGCUGAUAGAGAAACAGACCGCUAAUAAAUCGGCCCCCUUGUCGCCCGGCGGUGGUUCCGAUUCGGCGGUCCAGGUCGGAGGCGGGGGAUCUCGGGAGGGCGGCGUAAAGUCGAAGGACCAGCAGGAGCAGGAACGGGACGUCGUCUCGAUAUCCUCGAUGUCCUCCUUGGCAGGGAUGAGCUCGAUAACCUCGAUGACGGUAUCGGGAUCGGACAAGGAGGGCGGUCCUCAGCCCUCGCCGUUCCCCGGGGACCCGGUGAGGGUGCCGAGCCUCUGGGCGGACGACGGGAGCCUCCACGCUCUACCGGUGAACGGAUCCCUGGCGGCCUUUCAAAAUUUCCCAACCGGCGGACCGGCCGGUUUGUUCGCGAACACGGGGAGCGGUUCCGCGGUCAACGCCGGCUCAUCGAGACGCGCCAUUACGGCCAGUCACAAUUUUCCCCAGCAAGCCGGUGCCGCGGGUGCAGGUAUAAGUGGUGCUAGUGCAGGUAGUGCUGGUGUUGGUGGUGCCGGUGGUGCAGGUACGACUAGCGGCGUACCUGGUGUUGUUUCGCGACACGGAGUUUUGUCGGUUUCGUCACCGCCCCAACAGCAACAACAGCAACAGCAACAGCAGUCGCAGUCCCAGCAACAGCAACAGCAACAGCAACAGCAGCAGCAGCAGCAGCAGCAACAAGCCGCGGUAUCGAAUCACCCCGGCGUAUACGUUCAGGGGAAAGGCUACGCCGCGUGGUCCGGCGGCUCUCAGUCCGCCGUUGGGCCUCAGCAAUGGGGCGGCGGGGGUGGGGGCGGGGGUGGGGGACCACAGGGGGCCGGCACCCCGGCCCUGCAGUCCCCCUGGAGCCGCGGAAGGUCCGUGCCGAAUCUCCCGCCGCUGCACUCCUCGCUCCACGUGGCCGCUGCCGCGGCCGCUGCCGCUGCUAGCCUCCAGGGCAGGAAACCGAGUCCUACCUUCUCGGGUCAUCCGGGGCACCCUGGACACCCGGGACAUCCGGGUCACCCGGGGCAUCCCGGACAUCCCGGACACCCUGGGCACACCGGGCCCACUGGUAUCAGUCCGGUUAAGUUCAGGAGGAGCACUUCUUAUCCGGGAAAGACCAGCUUGUAUCAACAGCCGGCCGCGCCCACCUUCGAAGUUACCGGUGCCGACGAGAGGGAUCUUCUUCAGAUGCCACCUUAUCAGCAGGACCGAAUGACGGCGAACGGAAAUUCGCCCUUGGACAGCAUGCGGACCCUGGAGCAUUACCUCAGCGACAUAAUGCGCGCAGGAGCAGCCGACACCCCCGAUCAUCUCAAGGGAUUCAUAAACUGCAACGCGAACACGCUACAGUCCCUAGCUCAACUUCACGGCAAGUCGCCGUUUUUCCCAAGCCUCGAAGAACAGAGCGGCACUCUCCUCGAGGAUCCGACAGCUGCUGGUCAACUCGACGGCGGCGUCGGCGUCGGCGUCGGGGUGAACGUCGGUGUCGGUGGCGGAAUGACCGCCCCCCAGGUCGCCCCCCUUUCAUCGCCGAGCCGAAGCAGCCCUCACAGCCAGGGAAGCGAAACCGGCGAACGAUUCUCACGGAAGGUCUUCGUCGGCGGCUUGCCGCCGGACAUCGACGAAGAUGAAAUCACAGCCAGCUUCCGUCGUUUCGGACCGCUUGUCGUUGACUGGCCACACAAGGCGGAAAGCAAGUCGUAUUUUCCUCCCAAGGGUUACGCCUUUCUGCUCUUUCAGGACGAAUCGUCCGUGCAGCAGCUGAUCGACGCGUGUAUCCAGGACGACGACAAGCUCUACCUUUGCGUAAGCUCACCAACGAUCAAGGACAAGCCGGUUCAGAUACGACCUUGGCGUUUGAGCGACGCGGACUUCGUUUUGGACGCCUCGAUGCCUCUCGACCCCAGGAAGACCGUCUUCGUCGGAGGCGUGCCGCGGCCCCUCAAAGCUGUCGAACUCGCGAUGAUCAUGGACCGGCUUUACGGGGGCGUUUGCUACGCGGGAAUCGACACCGAUCCCGAGCUCAAGUACCCGAAGGGUGCCGGGAGGGUCGCCUUCAGCAACCAACAGAGCUACAUCGCGGCAAUAUCAGCGCGAUUCGUCCAGCUGCAGCACGGCGAUAUCGACAAGAGGGUUGAAGUCAAGCCGUACGUUCUGGAUGAUCAGAUGUGCGACGAGUGUCAGGGUCAGCGAUGCGGAGGAAAAUUCGCUCCGUUCUUUUGCGCCAACGUAACGUGUCUCCAGUAUUACUGCGAGCACUGUUGGGCAACGAUUCACUCUCGUCCAGGACGGGAGUUCCACAAGCCGUUGGUCAAGGAGGGUGCCGACAGACCACGAGCGGUACCGUUCCGCUGGUGUUAACCCCAACUACGUUAAGAAUAGUCGCCCCGCGGCUAAUAAUCUCGCGGCACUAGCUAAUUAAAACUACAAAACACCAUGUACACACACACGCAUACACACGUACACAUGCAUUACCUUAUCAAAACCAAAAGAAGGGGGAAUUGAAACAACCGCAACCGCAAUAAAUAUUAUACGACGACCACCACGGCCAAUUCACCAGUUACACCCGUACUGCGGGAUUGUUGUGAAAGGGAAGGAGAAGAGAGAAAAGAAAAUGAAGGAAGAAUAUUCGCACCGCUACGGACAGCUCAUCCGUCGACGUCGAUCGUCAGAGGCUCGUCGAAUCGAAUUGAGAAGACGGAAAUUUAAACCGUAGAGAAGAAACGGUUGUCGACACACGCCGAUAUUUUUCCGAGCUUGUCUUCUUCCAAUUCUUCUUCCGGUAAUUAAUUAUCGCAUACCUGACGAAUAUUACAAAAUGUAGUAGGAAAAUUGUACGGAGGUGAGUGAUGACAGAGAAAAGACGGAGGGGAAAGAAAAACGGACGAGGCCGCGUCGUUGGUUGAUUUGAAGGUUUAGCGCAGCAGCUAUUCAUAUACACCUGGAAUAUUGACAGGUAAAAAUGGUAACCUUCGCCGGGGUUUUUGUCGCUCGAUAUAUAUAUACAUGCAACUUGUUUUAUAUUUCGAUGGCAAAUAAACCAUACCCUACGAUAUAUCGUGUAAUAACACAAAGCCAUGUGUGUGGUGUAUGUCUUCUUAUACAAUAAUGAUUGAUUGAUUAUUAUUAACUGACGUUGACUGCUGGCUGUUAACCAGGAAGUUUUCUUUUUUUUUUUCUCGUUUUUAAUCGAGGGGCAGCUAGCGUUCUGUAGACGGGGGAGGAUGACGAGAACAUACCUGUAUCUACUAUUCUACAUAUUAUCACUAUUAUUAUUAUUACUAUUACUAUUAUUAUUAUUAUUAUUAUAUUGUUUUAUUUUUUUAUUUUAUUUUUUUUCUAUAAUUAUGGUUAGGGAUACUUGCGGAAAAUGCGCGAGUGGUGAUCAGAGUUGUUACAAAAACUCGUCCAAUUAUGCAGCAGGUGGCGUAAAAUAUUUAAAUUAGGCGUAUUGACGAGAAACAAGGGGAAAAUGAAAAGAAUAGUUUGAGCGAUAUUUAUAAUAAUGCAAUAUUAUAACGAUAAUAACGACAAGUUAUCUAAAGGAAGAUCGAAAGCAGACUAUCAUUACAUGCUAAUAUCGCGUCGUAACUUUUCGCUCGUUCGCUUUAACCCCGCAAUUUCAGCCAUUAUACCAUACAUUGCACAUAUUGUUUCUUUUUUUUUUUUCUCGCAGUGACGUGUAACGUUACGGUGAUGUUUUGAAAAAAGUUGAAAAAAAAAAAAAAAUAAAUGAAAGAAAAAAAAAAAAAUGAAAAAAUCGUUAUCCACGUUAUAAUUGUACGAACAUUGAGAAUACUCUCUCUCUCUUUGUAAAAAGGAAAAUAGAAAAAUGAAAUCGGAGUGUAUUUCUCACUAGGCAUAGAUGACGCAUCGUCGUCGUCUCAUCAUUCGCGGUAACUCGACUUCGCUGCUCUUUGAAAUUCAUGGAUAUUGUAUAAUAUACGUAUGUAUAUGUUUACACGUGUGAUGGAAUUUCGAGAUACAGGCAGAAGCCGUGAAACGCGAAAACGGACAGCGAGCAAUGAAAGUUAGAAAGAAUGCGGAUGGAAUGCACGGAUGAGAGAAAGAGAGAGCGAGAGAGAGAGAGAGAGAGAGAGAUGGACAGAGAGAAUAAAAAACUGAGAACUAGGCGUUGGAUAAGCGAGGAAAUGUAGCUGAAAUUUAGACAGGGAUGAAUAACGACGAAGAUAACGAGCCGAAUAAAAAAUGUUGAAAGGAGUGGCGAAAAUUAAAUUGACUGAACUGAGACGGAGCGAGAUAAAAAAAUAAUAAUAAUAAUAAUAAUAAUAACAAUCCGAGAGUGGUAAAAAUCGUAUCGACUGACGAUAUUUACCGUUGAAUAAAUUAAUUAAGGAAAAAGAAAAGAAAGAUACUAAAUAACUAGACAAAUUUCAUGCAUAUGUAUAUUACCAAUAUCGUUGCACGAUAAUAUAUAUUAGUAAAAAAAAAAAGAAAGAAAAAAUGAAUGAGACUUUAUUAAAAAAAAAAAAUAAUAUAAAUAAAAAAUCUUUGCUCCCCGUUGCGUAACGAACGCCAAAUAACCACGACGGCUGUCGAAGAUGAGCAGCGUUACAAAUGACUUGACAUAUAUCUCUGUGCGAAACGGAGUUGCAAGAUGUUUAUAGGUAAAAUACUGUUCAUCGGAGACAAGUUAGUCGAUGUAUGUUUUAUAAUAGGACAAAAAUGACGAGGUGAUGAUGGGUUGGUGAAAAAAAGAGAAAAAAAUAAAUAAAUAAAUAAAUAAAUAAAUAAUACAGACAAAAGUAAAGAUGAAAUAUAAAUAAAUAAAAAUAUGUACACGUACAGAUAAUAGGCGAAAAUUUUUCAGAUUAUCGCGUUUCUUUUAUGUAAAUUGUACAAUUAUGCGAUAAUACGAGUUUUUGACGAGGACGAGGAAACCAUAGUCGGGAAAUAAAUGUCGCGUCGUUAUGCGAUAAUCGAUCUUCUGCCGAUUCUUUUAACGUGACGAAACAUACCUAACGCGAAGCUCGACUUUCUAUUCGUCUGCAGUUUCAAGAUAACUUUGCGAUUCGCAGAAUUUGGUAGGUAUAUGUCGGUGUUGUUUGGUUGAAUAGGUAAAUUAAAAGCUCGACCUGUAAAAAACGCGUUCGCGAAAAUGCCUGUGAUUGUAUUGAAAUUUUUUCAAUUUUCCCUCCCACUGUCUUUUCAACCCCCCCCCCCCCCCCCAAAUCUCAUUGCCGUACCUUUUUGUAGACGUGUACAGUCCACGUAUACAUAUGCAAUUGACAACAUAUAAUAGAACAAUUUCUCAAUUCUAUCUCAUUAUUACGUAUAUUAUAUAUAUAUAUAUACAUAUAUAUAUAUACUAAAUAUAAUAGAAAGCGAAAGAAAAUUAGUUAAUGAAAAAUUACAACUUGUACAAAGGAAAAUGCAAGAAAAAAAAAAAAAAAAAAAAAAAACGGCAAAAUAAAAGUAAAAUAAAAAAAAAAAAAAAACCAACGGAAGCGAAUUACCAACCAAACUUUUCUCUCGGUGUAUACAUAAUCAAAUAACGCAAGCGUAGUUCAAAUUAUUAAUAAAAUAAAUAAUUUAACAAUAAAGAUAAUGCUAACGACGAUAUAAUAGUAAGAAUGAUAAUAUUACAAACCAAUUCACUCUGCAUAUUUACGCGAGUUACCAAAUAUUAUUGUACGCUGUUAUAUCCUGUAAUCUUACGAUUAGUCUGUAUCCAUCACCCCGACUCUCCGCGAUUGAAAUUCACGUAAUAUGCAAGUGUGCAUACGUACAUACAUACAUACAUACACAGGCACACACGUACAGUGUAAAAUGUCUGUAUCUAUGCAUAGUUACAUUAAUCGUAUAACACGAAAUACGCGAGAAAAAACGAGAAGACGGAUUAUCUUUCAGCGUAAAAAUAUUUAUUUUUUUGGUCCAUUUUAUGUAAAUACGCGUAUAAUUAAACUGUAACAUGUAAAUUACUCACAUUUAAUGCCCUUCGUAGAAAAAUUCGACCCUUGUCAUUCUCCAUUCGACGCCGACGUAUUUCUACUUUAAUUUUCGUGCGAAAGUAUAAAUUCAGAUUUGUUAUUUACCUGACGAGUCGUAAUUGGCUACAUUUUUCAUCACGGGUACGAAACGGAAGGUUUUUUUUUUUUUUUUGUUGCUACAUACGGUACAAUUGUUACGAUCGAUAUUGAAAAUGAAUAAUUAAUAACAAUAACACCAAUACUUAACGAGCAAGUCACCGAAAGCAAUCGGCAGAGGAUUUCAUUUUAUUAAGUGAUAUUCAUAGGAUAAAAUUUUUCCGUCACCACGUUUACCGAGUUCCGACGUUAUUAUUACAUGUAAAAUUUCCGACGGAAGCGAGUAAAGGAGGUGGAAGGAAAUGGUUGAGAAGGUGGAAGAAAAAAAAAAAGUAUAAACGGUUAAAUAAAGUAAAACAAAAGAAGAAAACAAUGUGUAAAUAUACAUAUAUUCUAAAUGAAUUGAAUUUGGUAAACUUUUAAACAGAACGUAUAUAGUUAGUGCAAUUUUAACGCAAGCUUGACGUGAAAAUUACGUAUGCGUUGCAUAUUCGUAAAAUAUUAUUAUAUCAAAAUUCGCGGUUUAUCAAACAGUCUUUUGCUAAACCUUACGUUAAAUGCAGGAACGGCUGGAGCGCGUUCGUAUGAAAAUUUAUAUAAAACACAUCCUAUAGAGAUAUACACGUAUAAAUGAUACAUAGGCGUGAAUCAUCUCUCUCUCUCUCUCUCUCUCUCUCUCACACACACACAUACACACACAGUCAGUUUAAUAAAAUUGAACAAUUGUAAAUGUGAAGAUUAGGUAUCGAUGUACCUCUAAAAUUGGAAAAAAAUAGUCAAAACUUUUAUCUUCUAACGAUGCGGAAGUAACAUUUUAUAUCUAUCCACAUGUGCGUGUGUGUACAAAUUCACGAAUACAUUUAACCACAUACAGUAGUGCGUUCUAUUCAUUAAAUAUACACACACACACGCAUACACACACAGUAUAUCGAAGAGAGAAUGAAAGGAACAUAAAGGAUGUUUAAAAAAACCGAACAACUGACUUGCGUCACGCAGAACAUUUUCUAGUUAAAUUUUUGUAAUUUUCAAACGACGCACACGCAUAUAUAUAUAUAUAUGUGUGUGUGUGUAUAUAUACAUAUAAUAUAUCAUCAUACACAUUUAUCAAACACGUGUGCACUUAAGGCGACACUCAUUAUAUGGUAUUUCAGUUUCACAGAGAGUGAUAAGAAAAACAUGGCGUGCGCGCGGCAUUUUCUAUAAACCUAAAAAAAAAAAAAAAAACGAGACACACACCAGCAAAAUUGAUAUACGCAAUUAAUUGUACAUGAACUAAAUUAAUUGAUAAACAGAGGAGUGAAAACUGUUAUCAUUAUUAUCAUUAUUGUUGUUUUUGUUGUUUUUGUUGUUGUUGUUGUUGUUGUUGUUGUUGUUGUUGUUGUUGUUGUCAUUGUUGUUGUUGUUAUUAUUAUUAUUAGUAUUAUCAUCAUCUAAUCUAGUUAUGCUAAAAAGAUGGUUGUGUGUGUAUAGCUUCUUCAUGUAUUAUAACUUUUCUCCGCGACGUUACUCUAAACUUUUUUGUAUCUUUAUAUAUAUCAUAUAUGUAUAUAGCGUGUUCUAGUUCAGUAUGUGUGUAGGUACAUCCGUAUCUUAUGUAAAUUUAAUCAUAGGUAUUUCCAAUAUCCGAUAGAGCGGUAUUAUUUUUCAAAAAUAGAUACAAUUUAUUAUCACUAGAUAAACGACGAGUUUGUAUUUAGCCGCACUAGUCGAUUUACACGCAAUACUAGCUCUACGUCUGCAGUCUCUAACCGUUUUUACCUUUUCUCUCGAUACUUUGAACAUUUUUUUUUAUUCUUCUUUUCACUUGAGAUAAAUUUCCCUGCCUUGAUUGUUGUUUCAUAAAUUGAUUCGUUAAUUUUCUCGAUCGAAACUGGUUCCGUUGGUUUCGCAACAUGUGCAAUACUGCACUUGAUCGACUAAUUAUCGUUUAGCUCUUUACCUCCUCAGACAAAAAGGGAAGGUAAAAAAAAAAAAAAAAAAAAAAAUUCUGCCCGUAUCGCACCGGAAUCUUCAACCCUCUGAGUCUACUUUGCGUGUUUUAAAAGAAAAA